AUGACUUUCGUUUUCAAGGUCGCCAAAUCAACAGAUGCAUUACUACAAUCUGUCCAGGUCGGCCCGGCCGACAUGCUCGCGACUGUUUCAGCGGCCCAUUCAGCCUGGGGUUUCCUGAAAGGCUUGUCCGGGGUGAAAAGCCUGCUUGAGUUCCGCAAAGAGACGUUGAAAAUUGAGAAGAUGGAGACUCUCGAUGUCAAGUUACAAUUAUCGCCACUCUCCGGAUUAAUCUUCACUUGCAAUGGCCAGUUUUACGUAGCUAAUGAGAACAUCGAAGAGUCGUUCGACGGUGACCCAAGAACGCAGCUCAUUGGCCUUACGAUCUGUGCUUUGGCUCACGAAUGCGGAGGAUCGACCGCAAUAGAGCUGUUCAUGAAAUGUCUAGGUCCCGCCCUCUUCGAAGAAGGGUUAAUGCGGGAUCAGAUACACGGCCAGCUCGUGGAAAAUCUCGACAAGAUAAUCAACGAAGGUGCAGCCAGAGGCCUGCCGCAACGAUUCGUUACCGAGAUCGAGUCCCUCGGUGUCCCCACCGGCGAUCGAAAAAAACUGCGCCACCUCAUACUUGCCGAUGACGGAUCUGAGAUUGGGCUUGUUGGUGGACUCUUGGUGUGGAUCGCGUCUCGAGACCGGGAAGCGUAUCUGACGCGCAGCAGCCUCGUCACUCGUGUUGCUACACUCUUGAGAGCUGUAGGCUAUAAUAUUGGGGAGGUGAUCACAUGGGAUGGGGAAGGGGAGCAACCAAUGGGGGACAAAGAGCUGGUCCUUGUCUUAGGUGGACACAUGGAAACUGACAAGUUAAGGCUGAGUGACGAUGAGCUGCCAAACGAUCAGCAAAUCCAUCACUAUAGAUUGAAUACCGUGGGAGCGCUGUUCUGUACAACAUUGGAAACACAAUCGGGUCUUAUCCCGGAAGUUCUACAGUCUCGUUUCGAGGAGGUCUAUCAAUACAUCCAGGAGCACUUGAGUUUCGUAUGGAAGAGUGGGUAUAUUAAAGGCAGUCAUGCUGCCAACAUGGGACAGGUACAAGCUUGCCCGGUCUGGAAGAAAUCAAAGAUCGCAUCCACUCCUUCUGCUCUACGGCUUGCCGCUUUCCAUUUCCCGAUAGCAGCCGAAUGGCUAGCGCCUUGUUAUGAGAAGAUCGCGGGCUCUAAGGACUGGAUCAUCAUUUUGGAUCAGAAGCAGCGCUCAAGUAUUGGAUGGGAAACAGGCUUUCCACCCGCCUUGAUCAAUUUUCGCAUCAUCUCAGCUUCGAUUCUCAUAUCGGUUGCCAGCAGAUUAGCCCCAGAAGACUUUGAGAGCCUGCGCCACUCUAUCAACAUUGCUCUUGAUACACCGGAUUGGAUAGCAUCGAUGAGCUCAAUCAUUGAUAACGGUGUACAUCCGGGUCAUGAAUCACAACCGAGCAGUCUUGGAUUUCCAUUGUGGAAAGCCGUACAGAUAUUGGCUGUGGUCCAUGCAGCGUCAAGCCCAGAUUGGGUGGACCAAGAAGCCGAUGUCGACGUACGACGCAUCAUAGGCUGGAGGACUGGUGCGUACGCAGUCUUGCCGAGCCUACUCUUUGAGAUGGCACCUACCGAAAAGGCAAUCGGUAUUCGUUGUCUCGACCAGUUUUGGGCAAACGCAGUUGUCCGCUCUCAAGGCGCCAUUCACACACAAGACAACACCAUAAUGUACGGACUGUCUAUUGCGGCUGAAUCUUCCAAUAUGAGCGACUCAGAUACCGAGGCAAGCCUUCCCCUUGUGAACACUGGUGGCGAAUGUCACUUCGGCACCGCAGUCACUCGUCCGGCUGAUAGGGCCCUAAAAGCCGGCGAGGCUACCGCUACAUGA